AUGAUCCCCACCGCCUGCUUCGAGCAGCACGCGCGGCAGCGGGCCUACGCCUACGCCACGGUGGCUUUCUUUGCCGUCGCCUUCGCGGUGGUGCUGGGCGCUUACACCUCCAUCGCCCGCUCGCUGUCCGACACCGCCGUCCCCUCCCCGGGCUCGCACCGGCAGCAGGCCCGCGCCAUGGUGCUGGGGAUGCUGCUGGUGUUCGCGGUGUGCGUGGCCCCUUAUCACCUGAUGCUGGCUCCCUGGGUGGGCAGUCGGCCCCCGACGCCGCCCUGUGGGCCCCCGGCCGCCCUGGAUGUGCUGCACGUGCUGAGCGUGGCUCUGCUCAGCCUCAACAGCUGCCUCGACCCCCUCGUCUACUGCUUCUGCAUCCGACGCUUCCGCGCCGACCUGGGACGGACGCUGCGUGCGGCCGCUCGUUGCCUCCCCCUGUCCCCAUCUGCCCCCCACGGGUCGGCUCCCGGCGGCCGUGCCAUCUCCUUCACCUCCACUUAGGGCCGGGGGGGUUGAGGGGCUCCUGUCCUUGGGGGCUCUCACCUCACAUCCCCGUCUCCCGUUGUGCUCUCAGCGCAUCCCCACGCAGUGUGGGCGCGUGGUUCCCUUCUCACAUACACACAGCACAGCGCUGCUGUCCCCAGCAGCCACGAACCACGGUGGGGAGAGACGUCAGGAGGUUCCAUCCCCUCCUGGGGGCCCCUCUUUUGCCGGGGAUGUGCACCGCUGAAUUUACUGCAUCGCUUUGAGUGGGGCCGCCCCGUGGGGCCACGCGAAGCCCCGUCCCUCUCCGUGCCCUCAGCGUCACUCCUCUG